AUGGUUGGAACCUGGUCGCUGUUCUGUAGUUUCCUCAGCAGAUUCAUGGCUCUAAACGGACUAAACACCUACUAUUUCAACGCGAAGAAGAACGGUUUUAAGGACUCCUGGAAGCUGAAGUUAUACUGCCUGGUACACCACCUACUCUGCCUUGUGGCUCUUGGCAGGAUGCUGUACAAUUCCGCCGGAGAUAUGAGGAUAAGUGUGAGCAUCCUUACCAUGGGCGGCACUGCCGGCUUUUGCAUACACUCAUGCUGGCAGAGGAGGCAGGGGAUCCGGAAGCUGGCCCAGGAGCUCAUCCGCAUGGAGGCCAAGUCCUUCUGGGGACUGCCAAGCGGCUCUAUGCUGAGGCAUAGAUUCUACCUGAAACUGGUGUUUGUCUCAAUCACCCUGCUGAGGAUCCACCUGUUUUAUCCCUUCUACCUGAAGCGUCUGGUGCCUCAUCUGUUCCUCUUGAACCUGGGCUCCUAUUGGCUGGUGUACAACAUGCUCCUGGCCGCCGUCUUUGGCUUCUACUGUGUGAUGUGGCAGAUCUGUCGCAGCCAGGAGAUGAUCAAUAAUAGGAUGCUGCUGCUCCUGACCAGAACUAGGCAGAGGAACAGGCUUUCAGAGAUGACACGCUGCCUGAAACUCUACUCAAAGGUGCUCCAUCUGUCAGACCAAGUUAACCUCGAGUAUGGACACGUUUCGGUCUGCGUUUUGGCCUGCAAGAGCUGGUUCCAGAUCACCUUUGGCUACGAGAUAUUCCAGAUGGUGGCCGCCCCUCAGUCCAUUGACAUGAGCCUGGGCAUUCGAAUUUUUGUGUUUCUGAGCUAUAUCCUGGAUGCCAUUAACCUGUUUUAUGCCACGGAUGUGGCCGAAAUGUUCAUCAAGUUGAGGGAGGACUCAUGGCGCAUUUUGCGCGAGACAAACAGGAUGGAUCGCUUGCUGUCAAUGUUCACCCUAAAACUGUCCCUGCAUCCCCAGCGGGUUGUCUUUCUUAACGUGUUCACCUUUGACCGAAAACUGACGCUGACGCUCUUUGCCAAGUCAAUGCUGUACACAAUCUGCUGGCUGCAAGGCGACUACAACAAGCUCAAGUCCUAG